UACGGUAAGCAGCAGGCACUCCGCGUCACGUGACUUCGUAAAGCAUCUUUUUGGUCCAUUUUGGAUGAUACAAAGUGAACCUUGCAACCUUUGAAAAUGACCAAAUUACAGUUUUUAAACGUGUUUUUGACUGAGCGGCUCAUGCUCGCCGCGCAGGAGAUCUACAAAUCUGUCGAGGACACCAUCCUGGAGUAUCAAGAGGAGAUCGCGCUGAGAGAGCGGGAGAAUGACCAUCUGAGGCGGCGGCUGCGGGACGCAGGGAUCGAGAUAUGGCCAGACCGUCCAUCUAUGGCCCUGUUGGAUGAGGAGGAGGGUGAGCACCCGAGGCGGGAGUGGAGUCCCAGCAUGGGGCAUGAGGAACGCCUUCCCCUCCAGAUCAAGGAGAAGAGAGACCUCCGAUCCAACCAGGAGACGACCAACAACUCCGCCCCCACGGGUCGUGCAGCACCCCAGAGUCCAUGUUCACACCACCGCGCGUCUGCAACGAGUACCCCCAGGAGGCCCCCCACACGUCCAGCAUCCCCCAGAGCCAAGGGGUGGAGAACCGGAGAGGGAGCCGGCGCCGAGGGCCUCGUCGAGACACGUGAAGGCAGAGGGCGUUGCUGGUGGUGCUGGUGGCGGAGGAGGCCACCGAGGAGCCACCCCCUCCAGCAGCGCUCCCCGCCCCUGGCCCCGGUCAACCCCAACUGCUCGAAUGAGAACAACAUAGAGAUCCAAGGGCGGAGAACGGCGGACAGAUGGCGGGCUCCAAGGGAGGCGCCGGGGGAGCCGAGCUGCAAGGUGUGCGGCGAGGCGUUCAGCCACGCAGGUCACCUCCACGUGCACGUGCAGGUGCACACGCGGGAGAAGCCGUACCGCUGUGGCGUGUGCGGCAAGUGCUGCAGCUCGUCUGGCCGUCUGCAGGAGCACCAGCGCAGCCACACGGGGGAGAAGCCCUUCCGCUGCCAGAUCUGCGGGAAGGGCUUUCACCCAGAUGGCCCACCUCAAGGUGCACAUGAGGAUCCACACGGGGGAGAGCCCUACAGCUGUCCUGUGUGCGGCAAGUGCUUCAGCCGCUCUGACAAAUCAAGCGCCACCUCCAGACCCACAGCCGCGAGGGGACCUACUUCUCAGGACAAUGACCCCUUUCAGGGUGACGGUGGUUUUUGUUGGAACCACUGA